AUGGGCCUCGUCAGCCGAGCCAAUGCGGCUUUUUGGCUGCUCUGGCUCGCCGCGCUGCUGUGGUGCAGCCAGAACUCGUUUGACGACCCAUCCUCCAUCUUCUACAACCAGGCCGCCGCGUACGCGCAGCGCUACUCGGCGCUGCGCGGCCUCGCCAUCGACGCCUUCCUGGCCAACGAGACGCGCGUCGCCGCCGCGCGCCCGCCCGACCACCGCGACGAGAUCCUCUGCGUCGGCGUCCCCAGCAUCAACCGCACCACGGAGGGCUUCCUCGCACGCACCGUCGGCGGCCUCGUCGACAGCCUCAUGCCCGCCGAGCGCGCCUCGGUCCACAUCAUUGUGCUACUCGCCGACAAGGCGCCCGCUGAGCACUUUGCCUACGGCCAGCCCUGGCUGACGAGCCUCGUCGACGAGGUCCUCGUCUAUGAGCAGCCCGGCAAGGAUCACUCGGCGCUGCCGGGCUACCGCACCAUACCCUUUGAUAACCGCCCGGACGGCCAGCCGCGGGGCGAGGGACGCGUUGAGAAUAUGCGUCUUGAUCACUCUGUUCUAGUCGAGACGUGUCGAGAUCGCGGCGCGCCGUAUUUUGCGUUUAUCGAGGACGACAUUGUGACUUCGCCCGACUGGUACCGCAAAUUUCUCGAGGGCGUCGCGCGCCUCGAACUCAAGACGCAGCAUUCCCACAAGGACUGGGUGUACCUUCGCUUGUUCUACUCGGAGAUCUUUAUGGGCUGGAACGCAGAGGAAUGGGCGACCUACGCCGAGGUUAUCUUUCUCAUCUAUACUGCCUUUAUUUUAGGCUUCUUUUACCUUCGCCGACGACAGCGCCGGCGUUUCGUCGCACCGUCGGGCUACUCGGCCCUCAUGAGCAAAGAGGACCCCGGCUCCAAGUGGGCUCAGUCACAACGACACUUGCAAAAGUUUAACCAUCUGUCGGCGUUGGUGAUUGGGCUCUGGCUACCGGCAGUCAUUGCCCUCGUCUUCCUCGGCGGGCGCAUAUCCAUGAAGCGCGUGAAUCCGGUUCCGCAGCCUGGUAUCCGCGAGAUGCCACGUUAUGGCUGCUGCGCGCAGGGUCUGGUGAUUCCCAAACGACACCUGCCCAUCUUCCAUUCGCUUCUUCGCGAUCCACCUUACGACUUUCCCGGCGACAUGAUGCUCGAGGGCCACGCAGACCAAAACGACCUAGCCAAAUGGGCCCUGGAACCCAGCGUGAUGCAACAUGUAGGCCUGAAGCAGUCCUCCGAGGGCACUCGACUUGCAGAGGUGUGGAAUUUUAGCUUUGAGCGUCGAAAAAUGGCGUCGACGCACGAUUGA